GCACGGCUGUUUUCAUGCUCGGCACGCUUCUUCUUCUUCGCUUCCAUGAUGAUAUUUCAGUUCCUAGCAGCUCAGCGUUCAGGCAUCAGAUUGUCUAUGAGCGUUGGGCCUCAACGAGCGGUUUGAUGCGCGAUAUCAGAAAUAGCACGCUUGGUUUUGCGAAAAUAUUUGUUAUCGGCCUGCCAUCUCGGACAGACCGUCGCGAUACCAUAGCCCUGCAAGCUGCGCUUAGCGAUAUCCAAAUAGAGUUCGUCGAUGGCGUUCAGGGCAAAGACGUCCCUGACAAGGCCAUCCCUUCGAGCUACGAGCACGACCGUUUGCCUGACGGGCCCCUCGGUUGCUGGCGCGCGCACAUGAACGUCGCCCGAGAAAUCGUGCAACGGAACUUAUCAUCGGCCCUUAUUCUUGAGGAUGAUGCCGACUGGGACCUGAGGAUACGAGACCAGCUCUAUGAUUUUGCACGAUCCAGUCACGCCCUUACGCAACCCCUGACACCGCGCAGUCGCCCGGGCCGCGUAUAUGCUGACCCAACGUAUCCCAUGCCAUUUGACGACUCGCCUCAAUCUGUACCCGAGCUAGACUUCUACUCCCUUCCCGCCACAGUCCCCCCGACGGCAUCUCCUUACGGGGACGACUGGGACCUCCUGUGGCUAGGCCACUGCGGGAUGCACUUCCCAUUCGCGCACAGCAAAACGAUCCCAAAAGGCCGCGUUAUCCGCGCCAACGACGAGACGGUGGCACCCAAGCAUCACCUAUGGACCUUCAACACCCCCUUCACCCUCAAGGACAACUACCCUGACCACACACGGGCCUACCAUCAUGUCCAGGAGGGCGUCUGCACGCUCGGCUACGCGCUUAGCCAGCGCGGCGCGCGCGCGUUGCUGCACGAGGUGGCGCUUAAAGACGUCGACGCGGCCGUCGACAUCCUGCUGCGGUGGUUCUGCGAGGGCGAGCAAGGCCGCAAGGCGGGCCGGCAGUGCCUGACGACGCAGCCGGCCUUGUUCCAGCACCACCGGCCAGCGGGGCCCAUGAAGAGCCAGAGCGACAUCGGAAACCACGGGGACGGUUACAGGGAGAAGGCCAUGACUGAUAUGGUGCGGUGGAGUGUGCGGUUGAAUGCCGACGCGUUGAUGGAGGGGAGGACAGAUUUUGUGGACCAGUUUCCAGACACAUAACCACUAGAGGGAUCCUUGGUCUGAGGAUUUCAACUACUUUUCCAGGUCUUUGGAAUAGGGGUUCUUGUUUGUAUACAUUGCCGCAUGCAUUUUCUCUUUUAUAUACCUCGCUGAAUGAAAGGAAGGAGUGUUCUAUACCCAGGACGGUGACUUGGGCCCUUGGUGAAAGUCGCUCCCCUGAGUCAGGGGCUUGCCCAGGCUCGUUUUGUUGUUUUGACUGCCGAGGGGCUCUAAGUAUAGGAGGAUGGGCCUAACUGCCUUGGGCUGGAAGUUGUUGGGAAUAAACAGUUGGAACAUGGUGCUUCAAACUGUCCUGCUAUCUCUCUCUGGGCAGCAGAAUAUAAGCGAUAUCAGUAGGGCGACAAAAAACUCAGCUUCAGAUUCUAUCCACGUAUA